AUGCAUUUAUCAACACAGCUUACAACUUUGUUACAUUUGGCCAUACAAUCGUCAUAUAGUGGAGAGUUUGAACUUAUUUGUGCUUUUGCAAUACUUGCUAAACAAACUAAUACCAAAAAGAAACAAGAAAAGAGUAAUUUAUUUAAUUGUUAA